GAGUAAAGAGCCAGUAUGUCGGCAGUCUGUGUCCGACCGUCGCGAGCGCGGCACAUCAUCGAACGUUUUACAUUUGUUGUCAAACGAGACGACCGAGUUCGCGAGUUGUGAAGUGACUUUUAAAUUAUGAACGUGCGUGCUGCAAUUUUAUUUUAUUAGGAACCGCCAUUUAUAACAGUAUGUGGCGAUCGGCUUCGAUGGGCGCUCGGCUGUGCGCCGGGCUGGCGCUGGCGAUGUCGCUGGCACUCGGCGCCGGUCGCCGCGACUACAAGGACCCGGAGGGACGCCACCACUCCGACCUCUCCCUCUGGAUCGACGAGCGGCAAGUUCGUAUGUUCAGUGGCAUAUCAAUGCAAGUAUUCGCAAUAAUAAACGGGCACGUAUCCCCAUACGUGUUGGACCCGAACUUCUCAAACAAACUGCCGGUGAUACCAUCCGAAGUGGGCUACGUCAACUUUACAUGGAAAUCCAAGAAGCGAUACUAUUACGACUUCGACAUUUUGACGUCUUCAGACCUGACCAUACUGAAACCGCCUGUCUUGUCCAUAAAAACCCGGGGACGGGUACCUAAAACUUCUAAAGAAUUCAGUAUAAUUUUGCCAUGCGUGGGCAAUAAUAGCGGUGUGGCCACAUUUGAAAUAGGGCUUGUGCUAAAAAAUGGCCGCGGUUUGCCGCUAAAAGGCACCCCACUUAGAUUACACCUAAAGAAGGAAUGCGCACAGAGAGGUGUGUAUUUAGAAAGGACAGGGCCGGAUCCGGAGUGCGACAAAAAAUGUGCGAAUCAGGGGUGGUGCAAUAACGAGAAGAUAUGCCAAUGUCCCGAGGGAUACAUGGGGCAGGACUGCAGGACGGCGCUGUGCUACCCGCAGUGUAUGAACGGGGGGAACUGCACCGCGCCCGGGGUCUGCUCCUGUCCACCAGGGUACCAGGGACGGAAUUGUGAAGGAGGUAUAUGCGCGCAGAAAUGUUUGAAUGGCGGUAAAUGUAUACAGAAGGACACCUGUGAAUGUCCUAAGGGAUACUAUGGAUUACGUUGUGAAUUCUCAAAAUGCGUGAUCCCAUGCCUAAACGGAGGUCGUUGUAAAGGAGUGAAUAAAUGCCGAUGUCCUGUGGGACUGGGCGGCAACCACUGCGAGGUGGGGCGGCGCCUGGGAGACUGCUCGUGCAGGGGGGAGUCCUGUGUGGGCCAGCACACGUGUCGACACGGCCGCUGUGUCGCCGGCGGCUGUGUCUGCGACCCGGGGUGGAGGGGGCGCUGGUGUCAUAGGUCCACAGGAUCAUCAGAAGAGUCUGGUGAAUACAAGAGGCCACGGUGAACCACAAACAGUUGACGAAACUACUUAAUAAUGUGAUUUUUAUUAAUUUUAUAAAAAAAUACUUUAUACAUAUUUUGUAACAUCGAUAAAUUAGUCAUUUAGAUGAUAAGUUCUACGCCACUUAGACUUUGUAAUUAGAUUAUUUUAUGAAAUAAUAUAAAAUAUUAGACAUAUGA